AUCUCUUUAAACAACAUUAUCUUGAAACUCGCGAAGAUGAGAUAUGAAACUUUGACCAUUAUCUCUUUAAACAACAUUAUGUUGAAACUCGCGAAGACGUGAUAUGAAACUUUGACCAUUAUCUCUUUAAACAACAUUAUGUUGUCGUAAAUCUCUUCUAGAAUGUCAAAUCAGCAAAAGAAAAAAAAAUUGUCUCAAAUCUUCCUAACAAACCUCCUUCCACUUCGGACUUCGUCAAAAACCAAACGUUCUCUCCCAUAAAAAACAGGGAUUUCAACACGUAACACACAAAUGUUUAUCUAAAUCUUUUGGCCACAAUGUCUUGACUCAUUUUUAUUGGCUCACAAUGCUUUUCCUAGUGUUAUAUGUGUCUACACUAAAUAUUAAUUUUUGAAAUUCAGAGGUUUUCUAGGAUACAGUUUGUUAAGGUUUUUAUGUGGUUUCUUUCUUCUUCUUUUUUUCUUGGUUUUUGAGUUUUCAUAAGAAUGAAGAUUUGAACUUUAGAAUAUUAUUAAAGAUUUGUACAUUUGGAGUCUAUAUAUUUUGGACACCAAAAAACCCCCUUGAAAGUUAUAACGAUUUAUGCUUUAUUUUCUUGUUCUUGAAAGAAAUACCUCAUAGAUUGGUCACUAUAUCCAAGAAUUGAUCACCAAAUGGGAAAAUUUGCGGAGGAGGAGGUUAGGCAUAUGAAAGAGGUAGCUCAUGAAGCUCAGGCAAUGGAUAUACUAUACAAUUUCAAGAAAAGGGUUCAUGAACUAGAAGCUGAAGUAGCGCAUAGACGAUUAACAGAGUCUAAAAUAUUCGAUUCAUUGGCCUCACAGACAAGGGAAUUUGAGCUAACUAAGAUUGAACUUGAAGAAUCCAAAGUUGAGAUAUCUUUACUUCAUGAAGAGAUUGAAUCACUACUGGCUUCAUCUGAGCAAAAUCGCUGGCGUUGUGAUGGUUCUUGUAGUGGAAAGAUUGCUUUAGAGAAGGAACUUGGAUGCCUUAGGUUUGAACUUGGAUUAGCAAAGGCGAAUUUAGCUAUGAUCCAAGAAAGAGAGAGGUUUGCUUCAUCAAAAGCUAAGGCAUUGAGUGAUGAGGUACAUUUGGUUAGAAAUGAACUUAAAUUUGCAACUUAUGCAGAAGAAAAAAGCCAAAAGGCCUUGGAUGAUUUAGCGUUAGCGUUGAAAGAGAUUGCUGCUGAAGCUUAUGAGGCCAAGGAGAAACUAAGUGCUUCUCAAUUAGAACUCGAACAAGUUAAAGAUGAGGCAGGACAAUUGAAACAAAUGGUUAGAAACGCGGAGGCUAGAUAUCAAAAGCUUUUGAAUGAGGCGAAAAAGGAAAGUGAACUACAUAGAGAAACAGCAGACAGAUUAAGCAGACUGGAGUUUGAUGAGUCACGUUUGGCUGAAAAUGAGACGAGGUACUUAACGUGUAUAAAGAAAGCUGAAGAAGAAAAGAAGCUAGCUCAGGAUGAGGCUGCUACACUCGCGGUGUCUCUUAAAGCAGCUGAGCGUAUCACUAGAGCAGCAAAGAGAGAAGUUUACAAAUUGAAGGGCAUAUUGAAGCAGGCUAUAAAUGAAGCAGACGCUGCAAAAACUGCAGCUGGCCUAGCUAGAGAUGAAAACAUUCAACUCAAGGAUUCUAAAGCUGAAAAGGAGGAAUCAAUUCGUGUACUUACUCAAGAGAAUGAACGACUUGAGAUCAAUGAAGUUGCAGCUCAAGAAAACGUCAAGAAGUUAAAAAGGUUGCUCUCUUCAUCAGCACUCAAAACCGAAGAUAGGGAGCAAGAAGAGGAGCAUUAUGAGGAUCUCCAUAUCAAGAACACUUCCAGCAGUGUAAAUCUGCAACAAGAACAAGAAAAUUUAGAAGCCAAAAUCCAAGAUGAGAAUCUCGAAAUGGCCAAGGCACUUAAGGACACAAUAUUUGAAAUAAAUGAAUCACCAAAAUCAGAGCUCCAUAUAUCAAAACAAGUAUCUCAUCAUCGGAGAGCAUCCUCGUUUGCCUUCUCAGAUGAUACAGGAACACUAGAAACAAAAGACUUGAGCAUGUCUUUGAGCAAAUCUUCGUCAUCACUCAACACCAAGGAUAAGGAGCAAGAAGAGGAACUCCAAGUUACGAAAAAGCUCAAGUUGCAACAAGAACAAGAAGAUUUGAAAGAGAAAAUCCAAGAUAAGGAUCCUGAAAAGGCUGAAACACUUGAGAGGUCAAUAAUUGAAUCACCAAAACCCGAGGCAGAUCCCCAUACACCAGAAAAGGUUCCUCAUCACCGGAUAGAUUCCUCUUCUUCCUCCUCAGAUGAUGGAGGAUCACUAAAAACUGAAGAUUCUAUCAGUGAUAGAAGUCCUAUCAGGAGGAAAAGAACAUUGUUUCGAAAAGUUGGUGAUCUCAUAAGGAGGAAAAGUUUUCAUAAAACCAUCUACUGAAUAGGCCUUUGUUCUGUAUAUACAUCUUGAAAUUACAAUGCUUCAUUUUUCUUUAUCAGAGAUAACUGUACAAACAUGAGUUUAAGUUCUUCCCAUUAAUAGUGUAAGUUGCUCGGACUCUCCAAAAACGUUGUCACACUCGUGUCAGAUCCUCCAAAAAUACACCAUCUUUGAAGGAUUUGACACGCAUAUGAUGACAGUAUGAAGAGUCCGAGUAACAUAUGUCAGGUUAAGUAAGGCUAACAUAGUUGCCUAAAUAAUAAAAUACUCUAAUAACUUGCUGUACAUAAUCGGAUUGUAUUGAUAGCGUAAAAUAUUCUUUAUAA